CUGUCAACUGUCAAAAAGCAUACGGCGUGCAAUUUUCAUUCGCACAAAUUCAUUCAAAAUAACAUCAAUUCUUCAGCAAAUACAACGAAUAACAUAAUUUUCAACAAAGUCAAAUCGUAAAAAUUCACCAAAGAAAAUCCAUUGAAAAUGACUGGUUCGGUGACAAAAGUACAAGUGUUGUCAAUUUACAAACAAUUACUGCGUGAAUCACAGAAAUUCGAUUCGUACAGUUUUAGAAAUUACGCCGUGAGACGAAUCAAAGAUACAUUCAAACUCAAUAAAAGCAUAACUCAAGCAAUUGAGGUGCAGAAACAGUAUCAAAUUGCUAAUGAAAAUUUGGGCAUAAUUAAACGACAGGUAAUCAUUGGAAAAAUGUAUUCAAGCGACAAAUUAGUCAUCGAAAAUCCUAGUAAUAAGUAAGUCAAACACAUCAAGCUACACACUUUGAAGUCUAUUGAAUGUUUGGUGCAAACUUCUAAGCAAAUCCCAUGGAUCAAAAACAAAUAUCGAACGAUGCAUUUGAAAAUGAUAAACAAGCAUUAGUUUUGGUUUUUAUAGAAUGAACGAAAGCAGUAGUCUUUGUUAUGUCAAUUUGAUACAUAAUUUAAAUGAAUAAAAUCUAUUACAAAUUAUAAAGAAGAAGAUAAAAACGAA